AAAAAAAAUCAAAAGAUUUUUUCUCAGAGUCCACAAAUGCACAUCAUGCUAAACGUAGUAUACGAACUAACGAUGAAGAAAUUGUUGUCAAUGAUGAUGAAGACGACGACGAAAUAAGUGGGAUACCAUUUCCUUCACACCUAAGCUUUUCUCGAAAAAAAUCUACAUCAAAUCAUGAAAAGCAUAAGACAGCAACGUCAUCAUCAAUUUCAGAUUUCUAUAAAACAGAAGAAUAUAUAAAUGAUAAUGGGGAAGGUGGAAUAGGAGAUCAUGGUAGUCCAACUUUUUACAAUAAUUUAACCGAAGAUUACUUUCAUCAUCAACGAUCAAACGUUCAUAGUUUAUUUUCAUCGGUGGAGAAAC